GUAUAGGAGAGCCAGUGCAAAACUCGAUUAGAAGGGCAAGAUCAAGAAAGCUUUCUCGACAUUACCAAGUACCGACACAAUUCUGUUUGAGCAAGUGCAUGCUUCGCGCCUCAUUGCCAAUAAGAAAUCGAGGUGUGUUCGCAAGAAGGGCGCGGGGGUUAUGUGGAGCAGCCCGUGCACCAAUUAAUUCUCCUACUAGUAUUCAAAUCGGCAGUUUGAUUGAGAGAAGAAAUGGCUCAAACUUCUCUGCACAGUUUCUUCAAGCGUCCAGCCUCCAUGGUUGCAGCUGCACCACCCGCCAAACGGGUCAAGACCUCGGCGGAGUCUUGCAGCAGUAGCAGCAGCGCAAGUGAUUCCCAAUCCACUCAGGCCGUGUUAGAGAGAGCAGAACUGAAUCGUCAAGCAGCACUGGAGCGUCGCAGGUCCAGCCAAUCGUCCAGCCCGGGUGGUAUUGGCAACAGCUGGAAACUGGCACUGGCUGCAGAGUUCAGCGAAUCCUACUACACCACACUUCAGAAAUUUGUGGCAAGUGAGAGGCAGAGUAAAACAAUCUACCCACCGGAAGAAGAGGUAUUCUCCUGGAGCAACCUGUGCCGUGCUCAGGACGUCAAAGUUGUAAUCCUUGGCCAAGAUCCCUACCAUGGGCCGAACCAAGCACACGGCCUGUGCUUCAGCGUCAAGAAGGGACAGACGCCGCCACCGAGUCUGAGGAACAUGUAUACCGAACUGGAGCGAGACCUGAGCGGGUUCAAACGUCCGAAACACGGCGACCUGAGCACUUGGGCGCAGCAAGGAGUACUAUUGCUGAAUACUGUCCUUACCGUGCGCGCACAUGAGGCAAACUCACACCAAGGAAAGGGCUGGGAGAAGCUUACCGAUGCCGUUAUUUCUUGGCUGAACAAAAACCUCUCUGGCGUUGUUUUCCUCCUAUGGGGAAAGCAUGCUCAGACGAAGGGUGCCUCAAUCGACAAGCGGAAGCAUCAUGUUUUGACGUGUGUACACCCGUCACCGUUGUCCGCUCAUCGUGGCUUUAUUGGCUGUGGACACUUCACACGUGCCAAUGAGCUCCUUUGCAAGCAGCAGAAAACACCAAUCGACUGGGCUAGCAUCUGUGAUGAGAACUGGACACAUCCGGACAGCACUGCACGUCUUGAAUCACCACCUUCAUCGCAGCCAGCCUUAGCGUCUCCAUCAGCACCGACAUCGCCAGAUGCUUCUGUGAAGGAAUCCAGCACAGCAACAACACCGCCAGCCCAAGUUAGCAGUCCGCCUGCCAAAUAUGACCCAACGCAGGAGUGGUGAAGCGUUUCGUGACAGUCAGAAUUUCUCCAGUGUGUGCGUGGGUGUGUGUCACUGGCGUUAAAACUAUCCUCUCCAUCGUGCGUAUCAAUCAGUUUUUCUUGCGGACCUUUCGGACGUUGGACCCCUAGUUUCUCCUUGAUUAACCUUGCCCUUUAUGAGUGUGCGUACAUUCUAGUGUACGCUUUGUGUUGUUGAAUUUCUUAGAUUGUUUAGGGAAUGCAGGCCAACUGCAUGUAAGUGUGCUACGCGUAUGUCUGAUUGUUAGUCACUGUACUUGCAGCGUGCUCGAUAUUCAUACCAUGGUAGUUCAGUCUGGUCCACAUGUCUGUGUUUCUAUUUCUUAGUUUAUCCUGUUCUUUAUUCCUUGACUAGCUAGUUUCUCUGGAGUGUGAUGAUAAUUCCGGUUUAUU